CGCGUCGUCUCCUUCACUUCGCCCUCCAGUGCGGCCUUCGAGAGGAGGCGGAGAAGCGGUAGCGGUGCGCGCGCGCCUGUCUGAGAGAGAGGCUCCCUCCUCGCCCCUUCCCUGCCCGGACAGAUACUCUAAAUUGGACUAAAUAGCUAUGACUUUUAAUCCAGCAUGUCAGCGCCCACCAAGACCGCCAAUGGCUAUUCCACCAGCCUAUUGCGACCUUGGCAAGUCUGCCCGAGACAUCUUCAACAAAGGAUUUGGUUUUGGCCUGGUGAAAUUGGAUGUGAAAACUAAAUCCACAAGUGGAGUGGAAUUCGCAACAUCUGGUUCAUCAAACACAGAUACAGGGAAAGUGAAUGGAAGCUUGGAGACCAAAUACAAGUGGGCUGAGUAUGGUGUGACUUUCACAGAAAAAUGGAACACAGAUAAUACUCUGGGAACGGAAAUGGCAAUUGAAGAUCAGAUUGCCAAAGGUUUGAAGUUAACAUUUGAUACAACUUUCUCGCCAAACACUGGAAAGAAAAGUGGCAAAAUCAAAUCUGCUUAUAAGCGUGAAUGCAUAAACCUUGGGUGUGACGUUGACUUUGAUUUUGCUGGACCUGCCAUCCAUGGAUCCGUUGUCUUGGGUUAUGAGGGCUGGCUUGCUGGUUACCAAAUGACCUUUGAUAGUGCCAAAUCCAAGUUGACAAGAAAUAACUUCUCUGUGGGUUACAAGACCGGGGACUUCCAACUGCAUACCAAUGUCAAUGAUGGGUCAGAAUUUGGUGGCUCAAUUUAUCAGAAGGUCAGCGAGAACCUUGAAACUGCCAUAAAUCUUAACUGGGUAUCUGGCACCAAUAGCACUCGUUUUGGAAUUGCAGCAAAGUAUCAGCUGGAUCCUACUGCAUCCAUUUCCACAAAAGUGAACAACUCUAGUCUAAUUGGAAUUGGCUACACCCAGUCCCUGAGGCCAGGUGUGAAGAUCAUGCUGUCUGCCCUAAUCGAUGGGAAGAACAUCAAUGCUGGUGGACAUAAACUUGGGCUUGGCCUGGAAUUGGAGGCUUAAAGGUGUGAUGAAAGCUGCUGCAGAAAAUGGGAUAUCGGAAGAAUAUGGCCUUAAAAAUGUAAUUCCAGUAUGACUUGGAGGGUUUUUUCCUCCUCAGUGGGAUGCCCUAGAACAAGAGCUGUAUUAAGAAUAUUUAGGCAGUUCCUUGUUAGCUGGUUUUUAGUUAAAUUGGUUCUCUAUCUAGUUCUCAAUUCUGCAUUAGUGCAGUAACUACAUAAUACAUUAUUUAAAUGUAUUUAACUGUUGGAUGCGGUACCCACAAAUAAUGAAAUAGACUUUAUGAAACCUGUACAAAUGUGUGCAUGUUAUGUUUCUUUUAACACAUGGUAGCCAUUGAAAUAACAAAAUGGAUCAAUGGAUAUUCCGAAAAGUGAGGUCAACAAUUUUGUUAAAUCACCUUAAUUAGAACUACUUUUGGUAUCCCAAGGCAAUUCAGAAUUAUGAAUAAACAAAUACACACACAUGCUUGUGCCUCCAGAUAUGUUAAGUUAUUGAAAUGUAAAGCUGAAAUCAGCCUUUAAGAUUUGCUUGUAAAGCUGCUUGUUAUUCUAAGUACAUUUUAGCUUUUUGGUGUUCAGGUAUUUCCUGUUAAUAAGUACAGUUUGCCUAAGCUAUUUGUGUCCACUCUGGGGAUUUUUUUUUUUUAUUGAGGUAACUGGGCAUUGUUUGGUGACACUGCUAUAAUCUUUUGAAGCAGCAAGUCUCUGAUUUAGAUUAGAUAUGCACAAUUCAACACAGUUCAAGAACACAACAAAGGGGAGUAAGUUAAUUCUGCUGAAGUUAAUAUAAUCUUUAAAAUAAACAUAAAAGUAGUAUUUCUGUAGAGUUCCUAGAGAUUCACAUGCAUCAUCUAGGUUGAUAGCCUAUGAGAUCAGGUGGUCUUAUUUCCCAGCUGAGUAUUAGCGAUGAAGCCAAGAGUGGUUUGGCUAAAACCCCUGAGCAGUGAAUUUGUGACAAAAGGAAGACCUGAUUUGUUCUUUGAUUUUUUAGCCAUUACAUUAACCCACAGCUACAGAAUAUGAACUCCACCCCUGAAUUGAACAUAGGUAUUAUGGCCCAUUGCACAAUCUUGGCCAGAAGUGGCCAGGUCUUCCUAAGCCUUGAUGACUGAUGGUAUUUUCCCUCUAAUUGUGGACAGCAGUAGCUGAGUACUGAUCUAAUUACAUGUGAAUUUAACUCUGACCUUUUGUUAACCAGGGUUGGAGCACAAACCAAAGUUGGUCACUGCUUAAAUCAUUCUGUUUGAUAGCGGGACUUCUGUUCACCCUUAUCUGAAUUUUUGCCUUUGCCCUCUAUUGCCAUGUUUUUAAAUUAAUCUUUCAAACUUUUAUGUGCAUUUUAAAGUGGACCUCUCUAUACUAAUGUCCUCUGCCAUGCUAGGAAGAAUUCUUGUGUAAUUACCAGUCCUUUGCUUUCAUCAAAGCAUUCUUCCCAGAUUACUUUGUUGUAUGGGAGACUGCUGUGUAUUUGCCUAAAUGGGGGAAAUAGAGUGUUUCAUAUUCCGUUGUGCAAUGCUUACUGCCAUAUUAUUGACAAGUAGCUAAGCAUUAUCCCUUUAUUGGAGGAGCGCGUGCUGGGGGAGCUGAGAAUAGUCAGUUGCCACAAUUGGCAUAUUAUGUGGUUAAGGCAAGCUUUGACCUAGGGGCCUCUUUAUGAUGCUCGAGAGCGUAUAACUAUUUAAAAUAAAGCCACUUUGUUUCCA